AUGGACGACAUGCACAUGCAGCAGUAUUACAUGGACAAAAUUAAGAAGAACAUAAAUCAAAUAAAAAAAUCGAAGAACAUAAGUUUACCACAAAAUGUACACGAGGGAAAUUUCAGCAUAAGUGAGGACUACCCUCCAAAUCGUAUCGAUGGACAGCAGCAUAAAGCUAACCACACGAAGGAUCUACCUUUCAGGGGGAACAAUAAUCAUGUCAAAAUUGGUUAUGCUAACGAUUUGAAAAGGAAGAAGGAGGUACCCUGGGAAAAGCCUCCAAUGCAUAGUAAGUACAACGUCACAGGAGAUUCCAAUUUUUACGAAAAUUAUGUCUCUGGUUACAAUAAUGAAUUGCUCACAAAUGACCGCCUAUAUCAGUCACAUGGAGCUAGCAAUGGACAAGCUGGCUACAACCGUGAAAAUGUCAUAUGGGAUGAAAAACUAAAACAGUAUAAGACUAACGUUAUUUCUCCUAAUUUUCUGUACACCUCAAAUAAUAGGGUGGUGGAAAAAGGAAGUGACAUCCAUGGCGGGGCAAUCGACACACACUGUUUUUAUAACACCUGUGUGAACAACGCGAAGCUUAUAAGUCAUCGAGGAGGCCAAAAAGUGGCGAGUAAUGUCAGUGCACCUUACGGGAAAUCAGAACCCAAUAACAAAGAAAAACUGCACACAGUUAGUAACUCCCUGUGUAGGAACAAAAAUGAUGUUAAUGGAUUUUUCGAUGAAAAGGUAUGCAGUGGUAGCGGCAUUUCUUUUUCAAACUGUGUGAGAAAUGUUAGCAGUACGUCCUGUUAUGCGAGAAGGGGGAACUCAAAAAGUGGAAUCGCACAAGGGGGUUACGAUUUGUAUGGGCAGCCCCAUCCCAGUGGACAUAUGCUCCACACCAACUGUUCUAAUAAUACAUUAGGGGGAAAUAAGAGAAACUACACGGGGAAUCUGCCCAACAAUGUUAUCAUGAAUGUGGACCAUUCUGGGAACGGUUCUGCUUGUAGAGGCAUUUUCCGAGAAGCUUCCAUAGGAAGCUGUACACGAAGAGACGCAAUGGACAGGGGAAUCUUAAAAGGUGGGGAAUUAAAAACUCCUGUGUACUGCUUAGGGGGAAUUAGCAAUUCUGAUAAGAGGAAGCAGCUUACGCCAAACAAUGGGGAAUCACUAAAAAGCGUUGUGCACACUCAGGGUAGUAAAACCCAUUUCGGCUUCCCCCAACAUGAAGGCGUAGUAAAGGAAAGGUUAAAAAAUCCCAUGGAGGGUUUGCUUAAAGAGCAUAAGGUAAGUUCAAACCGAGAACACUGCAGCGAAGUUGGUCGAGUGCUUCCUGUUGUGACUCCACAGGAUAGAAGCGACGCUUUAAGGCAUAAAAAAAUUUCAAACCAAAGUAGCGGUGGUAGUGGUUACCAUGGUGGCAAUGUCCAAGGGGCGAAUUCACACCGCUGUUUAGGUGGAUGCUUUGCAAACAAGGAACGGCAAUUUCUGUCAAACAAGAAAAGCAUCUCGUCGACGCGGCUUCAAGAACCGCACGUGUUCUACCCUAAGAAGGUUAGUUCCCUGAAUGCGAACGCGGGUAUUAGAAAUAAGCAAUGCGGGGGGUGCAGGAAGGAGAGUGCCCUGGCGCCGAAUGGGUUGUGCUGGGGUGUGCUUGGAGGGCCUCCACAGAAGGGAGCGUCACAUAAAGGAGAGUCACAGAAAGGGGCACCACAAAACAACGUGCUAGAGAAUAACGAAUAUUUUAUGAGCUCCUUUCGUGCAGUCGGCCAAGGCGAAAACGGCGGGGGGAAUGUCGAAUCAAUCGAGGGAAAGGACAAGCGCAAAAUGUACAGCCAAGAAGGGAAACGGAGCUGCCUCAAUUUCCCACUGCAAGGGAUCAGCAUCUGUAUGUCAAAAAAGGGGUAUAGCCAAAAUGAGCCCUACGAAGCUGGAAGAGUAGGAACGCAUAAAUUAGACGUUGUCCAAAGUGCGCCUAAGCAGAACGUCAUUUCGCACGUAGAAAAGGGAAGGGGUCGUAUCGAAGCGGAGGAGUCAAAAUUGGCACCAAUGAGUAGGAGCAUUCUCAAAGGGGACGAUUCUGUGGAUGGCACUUCUUUCACUACAUUGGAAAAAAAAUACGAAAGUGAGAAAAGGUUAAACAUAAAGGUAAUGGAUAACUCCCCCUCUUCCCAUCUUAACUGUAUUAAUAAAACUGAUCUGAUGUUGGGGGAGGCAAAAUUAGGACAUACGGCGAACCACACCACGGUCUUUUACAAAGAGUCGAAUGUAAAAGUGGUAGGAAACGUGAGCAGCAUAAAUGAGAAAGGCAACCCGGAGGGGGUGAUAAAGAGUGCCCCCUUGGUGGAAGAGACGAGUAAAGGAGAACUACCCCUGAACACCCCAGCCAGAGAGACACACAUCGAAGGGGUGCAAAAUUUAGAAGGAACAUGUACGGACUAUGAAGAAUGGUACGGGAGAAUAAAGAAAAAUGAGACCUAUGAUGAAAAGGUGACAAACGAGCAGGACACCCUGUUGGAGAAUUCCAAAUAUGACGAAGAAGCUCGUGUUGAAGAGGACCACGAAGGGACGGGUGAAGGGAGUAACUUCAACUACAUCGAGGAUGAUAGCAUAAGCCGGGAGGAGAAGGCCAAACUGGAAAAGGAGCUGGACUUGUACUUUAGAAAGGAAGGGUUCUUGAGGCCAUCCUCCAGUUCGCUCCCCCACGAUUUGGAAAAGGGUGAAACGAGUGAGAAGUAUGAAAAGGGACAACUGGGCGAAACGAGCGAGAAGCAUGAAAUGGGACAACCGGGCGAAAGAGGCGAAAACGACUUGACCCCCUUCCCCAAGGGGGUGGGGAGCAACUCGGCUGUGCACUCCAGCAACAGGAAGUCGUCCAUCACGGAGUACUCCCAAAUGGAGAAUUACGAAAUCUCCUCCAGUAGCGUGGACAUAUUUGACGACAAGGAGAUAAAAGAAGUUUUCGAGGAAGUGACCAUAAAUAGGAGUAUAAAAAGUAGCUUCUGCGUCAGUAGGGAUGGCUACGAGGGGUCGCGGAAGGAGAGCACGGAUAUGAAUCUAGAACGGGAGUGCCUAGAGGGGGGGGAGAUGCACAAUUCUGCCAGCGCCAAGGGGAGAAGGAAAAAAAGAGGAAAAAGAAGCCUCCCCAGUUUAGAACACCUAUUUUGCAAAAACAAAAAUGUCUUAUUCAUGGAGUUGUUACGAAGCAUGAAGGAGAAAGGAGAGCAAAGAAAAAAAGGGAACGACAAAGAGGAUACGUUAGAGGGUAAGCUAAAUCGGGUGAUGCUACCCACCUCUGAAAAGGAGAGAAAUUUAAUAGAUAAAAUAAUUUACUGUCUAGACCCAUCAUAUGUGAAUGACACGAUGGAUGAAGCGGAUAAGUGGAGGCAGAAGAUCACCUACAUGAGUGAUAAGUUCCUUGAGUGUAUAUUAUGUGUGUCUUAUCCCACCCACCUGUGGAAUGAAGAAACGUUUGAGGACUAUUUGAAGUCCCUAAAUUUGAAUGCACUCUUUGACGACACGUUUAUAAAAUACGAAAGUGACCUACACAUUGAUUUAUUUCAUCCUGAGGAGGAGCUAUUUUCGGACGUGGGAAAUAUUGGAGAGGGAGGAUUCGGGGUGGUAACUAAGAUGAGGUUCUUAGAUAAUCCGCAAUAUUAUGCAAUAAAAAAAAUAUCAAAAGAACACAUUAUAAAAUCUCAAGCAGCUGGCCAAGCCUAUCUAGAGGCGAAGUACCACUCUGUUUUGAGUCAUGUGAAUAUAAUUAAAAUGUAUGGAUGCAUGCAGGAUAACGAUUUCAUUUACCACGUGUUGGAGUUCUGUGCGAAGGGAAGUAUCUACUCCAUCUCGAAGAACUUUAAGAGAAGAAUCAUCCCUGAUGAGUUGGCCUAUAAAUAUUUUUGCCACGUGGUGAAUGGACUGUAUUACUUAAAUCAGAUGGGGAUUUUUCAUCGGGAUAUAAAAAUGGAGAACGUCUUGGUGGAUCACAUGGACAAUGCGAAACUGUCCGAUUUCGGUUUGUCCGCCAUGAUUUUAGGAACGAGAAGUCAUUCUGCUUUGUGUGGAACUUUGGUUUAUUUUUCUCCAGAAAUUACAAGUGGGUCUGGAUAUGACUGGAGGUCUGACAUUUGGUCUUUGGGCGUUUUGCUCUACGAAAUGUUAGUUGGGGAUGUCCCAUUUGAUGGUACCAAAACGCAGAUCAUAAAUUCGAUUUUUUCAUGUAAUUUGAAAUUCCCAGAUUUUGUGAACCCUUUAGCGAUUAAUUUGAUAAAGAAGGCCUUGGUGGUGGAUGUGAAUAAGAGGAUCAAACUGUGCGACAUAUCGUCUGACCCCUGGAUGCAGGAAAUGUGGAAGCUGUCCUUUGAGAAGGGGCUGGCAGGGAACGCCGACUUGUGUUCCAGCAGGAAAGAUGACAGUGGUGAUUUUAAUUUCAUCGGUUCGAUGAUAAAGGCCCAGUGCUUUUUAAAAAGCAGCCUCAACGCGUCGCUGAGUUAUCCCAUUAGGGGGGGUAGCGCAGCGGGGGAGGAGGGGAAGAAGCAAACUUCCGAAGUGGAGAAGUCGGACCGGGAUGUCCCCGCUACCUGGGAGAAGAACAACGUGGACGCGCUCAUCUUAGAGACUCAACAAAAAUUAGCAGAAUAUUUGAAAGUCGAAAACUUCUAUGCGAACGAGGAAAACGCUUCCAGCUCGGACGGCAUGAGCUCUCACCCAUCGGAGGUCUCCUUCUCCGAAUUCAGCGACUCCUCCGCUGGUACGAAGGAGGGUGCGGUGGGGGAAGAGUUAGCGGAAGCGAUAGCGGAAGAUGACAUGGUGGGGGAAGCUGCCAUUGUUGGGGAGGAAGCUGCCGUGGUGGGGGGAACACAACAGUGGAGUACUGCCCAUGUAGGGGGAGCUCCCCAGGGCGAUCUACCUGCUGCGCGCGAAGUGGGAGCACAGGACGACCUUUCUGGGACCCUCCAAGGGGGCAGUAGGUCCAGCUUCCUAUCGGGCGCCCCUCAUGAGGAUCUAUCCGUGAGCAGUGAGCGUGAUUGCAGUAGUGAGUCUCUCCCCCUGGUGGAGAUCACUCCGGGGAGAAUCUACCCCAAGGUGAAGAGCAGUUCGUACGGAUCUAUUGUGGAGAACGGCGGCAGUAGUAACGAUAACCCAUGUUUGAAGAGGCUCAACUGGAGGACCCAAUCCGAUCAGUCCAACGCAACGGAGGAGGCAGAACUGGCCUAUUCAUCAGAGAGUUUAGGCUCCACUACGAAUCAGUGUGAUGAUAUGUCUAUCGCGCCUUGCGUUGAGGAGAGGCGGAGCGGGGGUCAGCCAGAGAGGGGCUACUUCGAAGGGGGAGUUACCCAAUCGGGUGAGCCAGAGAGGGACAACUUCGAAGGGGGAGCAACGCCGAAGAAGACGGAUGAUAUUCUGUUUGAGAGUACCCAUCCGGAUCGCCCUUGCGAUGAUGGCAGUUUGUAUGAUAACAGCUCCGUCUUAAAUGUGCCCCCCUCUUCUAAGAGUUCGCAAAGGAACGAUAGAUUAUCCUCAGAGGGGGAGGAGCUACUUCCCAGUGAGGUGGAUAUUGAGUCCCUUGAAAAGUUAGUAAGAAGGAGGGACGACAAUGGAGAAAGGUAUCCAAGGGGAGUGCCUCCAAUUUAUAAGGGUAAGUAUACGAAGGGGGAGAGUAGUCCUGUGGAGAAAAACUCCAUUAGUGUUGGGCGCGGAGAAGCGAGAAAGGCCCUCCCUGACGGUGGAAAAAAGACGGGAAGGGGCGAAAACAAAAAGGGGGAAGCCAACCCAUCCGCGCGUAGAAGCGUUCAGCCGAGCCUCAAAUCGGAGGAAGUUAUCGAAGUGGGAAAAGAGCGCGACGUGGGAAAGCUGCAUAAAGAGGGAAAGCCGCUUAAAGAGGGAAAGCUGCCUAAAGAGGGAAAGCUGCUUAAAGAGCGCAAACUUCUCGACGUGGACGAAACGUACAUCCCAAUUUGCGUAAUCAAGGAGAAGGCCACUGAAUCGUCAGGCGAAAGUAACGGCGCCAAAAUAAACCUUCACGUGAAGGAUACCCUCGUGGGGAGUAGCAGCAAGUCCCUCGUAAGGGCUAAGCGUUUAGGGGUUGACGGGGGAGAAUCACACGUUGUGAAGACCCCGGGUAUAGACUUAUCGGAUGGCAAACUCUCAUAUGCGAAGCGGUCGAGGAUUGAAAAAGGGGAAGACAAGAACUCCAAAACGAACAAGCUCUGUGAAGACACACCAAAGGGGGAAGUAGCCAAAAAGGGGGCAACCAAAUUUAAGAGUACUCCAGAAAAAAAAAAAAGUUUGGAAGCAAAAAGGGAGGAUACGCUAGUUAAGGAGAAGGUGGAAAAAAUGUUUGAAAAGACAGCCAUAGGGAAAUUAUGCAAAAAGGAUUCUUUCACUAAACGAAGUGGGUUGACCAACGGAAGGAAGAAUCCCCUUGCCAAGGGGAACGACAAAACGGGUGACACGAAACGGCACGUAAAGGAUAACAGACGAUCGCGUAGCCACAUCUGCGAUUUUGAUGGAACGAGUCUAUACGAUAAGUAUAUAGAAAAAAUAAACAAGCUAUAUUUGAGUAUAAAAAAUAAAAAGUACCUCAAUAAUGGUGAAAAUGGGAAGAGUCCAUUCAGCGACGAGGACAAAGCAUCAGCUGCGACGGAUUCUCUGCAGGGGGAACAUGAACAAGAGGACAUCCCAAAUGACGAAUCGGUGGAGGGUAAUUAUGUACGUGGUAGCAACGGUUCUGUCGAAAUGGGGGAAGGCUCCUCUACAUUGGUGAAGAGAGAGAACAGAAAUGUGGCCAUUCAGCGGGGUAAACAAGAGGAGGAAAGGAUGGAAGACAAGCCACUUAAGAUGAGGCCUUUCCAUUUGAGCAGGUAUCCUCUCGAGAUGAGCAGCAGAAGGAAUGCACUCAGGGCAGAAAAAAAUGCCUAUCCGAGUGGGCAUGGAGAGAGGCUGCUAGAUGAAAAAUCGUUGGAUGAUAAGUUGGCCAAUAUAGAGAAGGAAGUUCCGGUGAUGGUGGCGGGCAAGGAAAAGUAUCGCUCCUCGUAUAAGAGCAGGAGGGAGAAAUCGUUUCUCGAGCUGAAGAAGGAAAUUGCCAGUGACAGCGUUCCUAAGGUCAGGGGGAGGGUCACGCCCGAUUUUUUCGCCCCGGAGGGGAACGCCCUUAAUUCGAGCGGCACGGAUGGGGAAGGCAAAAGCAGCAGCGUUGGCGGUGUGAGCGGUGUGAGCGGUGUUAGCGGCGUUAGCGAUGUUAGCGGCGCUAGUGGUAUGAGCGGCGUUAGUGGUAUGAGCGGCGUUAGUGGCGGCGGGCAGAACGCGCGUGACACACAGCAGGCGGAAGAGAAGAAGCCCACUUGGUAUUACGAAAGGCAAAAUGCAUUCAGCUCCUCUAACUCGGAUUACGCAAGUGAUAAGUGCUUUUACAGGCGGUACAAGCAGAACAGGACGAUCCGUUUGGACACCUCCGAGUUGGUGAAGGGGGCGGGGGGGAGUCAUAAGAUGGUCCAGGGUGGCGCCAUGGGUGCAUGCGCGGAUGAGCAAGGGGCCGAGAGAGCAUCUGGUGUAGAGUUCGCAUCUGACGUCGAGUUUUCAGAGUACGACGAGUUCGAGGCUGAUGCCGAGUUUGCAGAGCGAAGUGAACCCCGAACUGUCAUUACCCAUCCAGACGGGGAAACAAAAUACGUGCUUAACCAUAAUGGGAAAUAUCAGCGGGCGAAGAGCACGAACAGAGUAGUGCAGAAGGGGAUCGCGCAAAGUGGGGAAGCCGCAAGACAGCAUUCCUUUAACAACAAAGUGACCUUCAUGGCUCUGCAAAAUGAUGGCGCCCUUGGGGAGUCGUUCAGCGCGCUGGAGUGCAGCGAGGAGGAGGAGGAGAAGAAGAAGGAGAAGCAGAAUACGAAGGAUAAUACGAAGAAGCCCACUCAUGGUGGAGCCAACAUCCUAGGCUCUCCAAAAAAAGGGCCCAAGGAAAUAUCCAACUUGGAGUUAAUAACAAAGAUUAGACAGAAAAAUAAGACGAACCUGUUGGAUAAGGUUAAAAAGGUAAAGUGUGCCUCCACUUUAGGCAAAAGAAGAGUCGAGAGAAUGGCUAGCUCGGGCAGCAUGAACAGGAGUUUAUCAGAGGUAGGUGUUAGCUCCGAAUCGGUUGGAAAGGGUACCUACACGGGGAGAGGUGAUCUGCUUAAGAAAGGCUCUUCCAAAAUGGCCAAGGCGAGGGACGUUUCGCAGAACUCCAAAUGCAGCGACAACCGGGUGCAUAGUAAGAGCGGAGUUCCACAUCCAAGCAGGAGAAACAACUCGAUCAGAAAUAAUUCAAUUGCGAAGCAGCACUCGAUGGAAAAGGAAGGCAUGCAGAAAGCAAGCAAGGGGGUUAAACCUACGGGAACGCCCGCGAAGUGGGCAGAAGGUAAAAGUGCCAGUAGCAUGAUAGGCUGGGUUCGCAAGUUAGACAGAACAAAUAGCAUCUCUUCCAAAAGUGGAGAGAAUAAAAAGAACAUAAUCGAAGUUGCUAACAAACGGCUGAACAGCAGUAGCACUGUGCUGAGCAGAUCCAGGGAAGAUAUAAACUCCAGUGGAGAGAAGAGGAGAAAGCCUUCUGAUGAUAAAGCGGAGAGGAGGACCAACAAAGGAGUAGCUCCACAGGGGAGUGUAAAAAAUCCUUGCUUGAGGGAGAAGGCGCAGGGAAAGGCCGUAGGAAUGGCUAGCUGUUAUUUGAAAAAAGGAGGGAGCAGCAACAGGAGGAACGGGUCAGAAAAUUCCUUCUCCGAGAAGAAGGCUAAAUCGAAGGAGGUAAUACCAAAGGGGUUCAUUCCAAAUGACAAGAAGGGUGCAGCCCAGGAGGAGGCCACCACCCUAACGAAUGAAGAAGCGUCUGAUGUGGCGGCAACCAAUUCGGUGGAAACGACGGAAGAGCAAGUUAGUCUCACCACGGAUAGGGCAAAAAACGGUGCUUACUCCUUGCAGAAUGGUAAGAAGAUGGUAUUAGGAAAUAAUUUAAAGAACGCAAAGGUGAGGCAGUACCUGAAGAGCAAAAUAGAGAAGGUUAAGAAGGAGAAUGAGUACGCCUCGCCGUCGGGGGUGAAAGCGGGGGAGAGUCUCAGCGUCAGCGUCAGGCAGAGGAGCCACACACAGGGGGUGCCCACGCAGGAUGGUAUGAGACAGCAGACCAUCUCCCAUUUCCCCACUAAGCAGUAUGACUCCUUUGAGGGGUACACACAUUGGGGUACCUGUGAGGGCAAACAAAUUCCAUUCUGCACGACUAGUGAGGUUAGGAGAUCCAUAAGUGACAUGCCCUUCAACUGCUGCGUCAAGGGUUAUUUUCGGAACGAGUCGAAUGGGGGGAUAAAAAUGGGGGGAAGUCCAAGCAAGCAGUGUGAAGAGGGUCCAUCGUGGAAAAUUAGCAACCUAUGCCAAAGCAAGAAGGAACGUGGCUACUCCCGGUGCAGAAGCGAAGCAGUAGGGAAAUUCAACUGGACGACGGGCCUAGAUGGUGACCUUUUGCACAUCGAUAGGGUGAGAAGAGAGGCCAGCAAGGGGGUAGCCGAAAAGGAGGAAACACUUCUUAGGGAUAAUGGGAAGGAAAAACAUCUCAAAGGAGGAAUCACAAAAGGGUCCGCUCAUGUGAGCAACAGUAGGAACGUCCCACCCAUUAACGAUGGAGCGAAGAGGCACAAAGCGAACGGACUCAUUUACCCACACAGGGAUAUGAAUUUCUCGAAUGUGAAAAGUAAGAUAGACACGAAUAUUUUUAGGAAGCCAAAGAUUGGCACAGAAGACGUCCUCUCAAAUGAAAAGGACGGAGCACAUAUGGACUCUGAUGAAUGGGGAGAAAAAGCCAAUCGAGUGUUAAAGAAGAACCAGCUCAUGAGUAGGCAGGAAGGCUCUUCCGCUGUAUCAAUGGGUGACAAGGAGAGGAAAGGGAACAGCCCGAUUGGCCAUCCCGCAAUGGGCGUAACGAAUGUGGCCACGUUGCAGAGGCUCAAUUCGGUGCAGACAGAUGCACAAUUUGCUGACUCUAUACACAUUAGAAGUGCGAAAGGUAGGGAGCUUCCUCAUCAGGAGGAAAGCGGACCAGUUAAACGAUCCGACAGUGCCUUGUUUGACUCAGACUAUGGGGAGGAGUUGCAAAAUAAGUUGCUACUCCUGAAUAAGAGGAGCCUUUGUGGGGGAAUCGAUCACAGAACGCAGAAAUGUGGGAUGGAGGGAAUGAAGAGGUUUGCCAAGAAAGGGGGAAACCACGUCAUCUAUGAGGAUGCCACAGAUAGUGGUAGGCACGCUCAUGGUGGAAGCACUGAAAAAAACCGAAACUGCAAUUGGGGUGUUUCGAUCCCCACAUAUGCCUCUAGCAGUAAUGGAAGGAGUGCCAGGGAAGGGGAGUUCACACGGAUGAAGUCCAACUGUAGGAGUGAAGCAAAUUGUCCUAAGGGAACAAACGUGGCAACAUCUGGAUGGAAGAAGUGCGAAGUGGUCAGACAACCCCCUGUAGAGAAAAACGGACCCACCCUUUUAGCAGAACCUGUAAAUAGGUACUGCAUGCAGAUGGAGAAAAAUGUGAAGAGGGGGGAGGCACAGGGGAACUACUCCGGAUCGUUCGAUGAGCACGACAUGGAUGUCAUAGAAGGACACAUCAUGAAAAAUACCUCCUUUAACAAGUUGGGUUCUAUCGUUUUUAGCUCAGAUGCGGAUGAGCGUGUGGAAGGUAGUUCCACUGGAAAGAGAAAAUGGAUACCCCCCCCAAAAAGUGCAAUCACUAAGGAGGAGUCACUUCAGGAGUCACUUCAGGAGUCACUUCAGGGGGCACUUCAGGAGUCACUUCAGGAGUGGUGUGCUCCUCCCCAUGGGAGAGGCGCGUCCAAAGUGGGAGACACUAACUCAUCGAAGGAGGCCCUUAAGCGAAAUGUCAGCUGCGGAGGUUGGCCCAUCAUGCAGUGUGUGAAUGUUCGAGGGACAGAUGCAGAAUUGGCUGACGUAGUAGAGGCGGAUAGAACUCUGCUUCUUUGUGGGAGGAAAAGAAGCGAAGUGGCCAGCUUGAAGAGGGGCAACACGCACAUAGACGUUUAUGUGAAGGGUCAAAAUAGAGGCAACAGUAGGGAUGCCACGAAACGGGGUCAACAAGUGAACGUAUUGAAGAUGCAGAAUGGUGUGCAGGUGGGGGCUGCCAAGAAGAUCGAUUCUGGAAACGUUUCUCUGCCGCGUCCGCCCACCCCAACUUCUUCACAUAAGAGGGGGGAACCAAUCGGAAGGAGUGACCAGCAAGUGAGAGGAGGACUAAUUCGAAAUGAUGAAAAUGUCCCCUAUGGGGGGAGAUCCACAUUAGCCCAACAGGAGGGCAGCAUUAAGAAGAGCGCAUCUAAUUGUGGUGCAACGAAACUGUGCAACUCAAAUGAUAAGUGGGGUUUGGCUGCCAAAAUGGGUUCUACCAGGAUAGAAGGUAGCGCUAACUGCUUUUCCAACAAAGUUGUGGUAGAUGAGGAGCGAAGCGGGUGGUACCCUGCAAAGAGGGAUAAAGGCGCAUUUUGCAGUAAGCCUAAUAUGGGCGCGACGAGCAGAGAAGGGUUGAUGGCCAAAUCGGCUUCCAACUGUGUCCACAUGGAUGCCAUAAGAAGAAAGAUCACCCCUGCACAGGGGCUGCCACGUGGUGAAGUAAAUCUGGCCGAUAGCCCCCCCUCAGGGUGUUUCCUCUACAACGGCUAUUUUCACAAAAAGGAGUUAAGAAGUCCCCAAGGAGGUAGUCCCCAUGGAGGUGGUCCUCCUAGUGGCGCUAAAGCCACAUACAAUCGUGUUGAAGUGAACGAUAGGUCUAUGGAUACCCAUCACCAAAGGAGCGGAAGCACCAUGUCGAUUAAACGCAUGGGAAGUAAAACCAGUUUGGAAAAAGCGCCAUGCCAGAGUAAUUCCAAAGAGGCAAAUGCAGUCAUUAGGAAGGCCAAAAAAGUAAGCAUUAGGGAUUAUGCCAACGUGGGUCUGAGUGAUAUCCACGUGGCUGUGGACCAUCAUAGGAAGAGCUUCUUAGUGUCCGCUGCUCCGAUUGAGCCGCGCAGCCACGUGAAAGUGGUCUGA